GUGUCUAAUGUGUCUCACCUUCUUUAGAUAGCUCGUCAUGAGGCCGCUGUCUGUCUCUCUGCUCUUUUUCUUCAUUCAGUUUCUGGGUUUGUCUCUCCAACAGUUCCCACGGCCAUGCACCAAUCCAGAGGUCCUGCGGAGCAAGCAAUGCUGUCCGGUGUGGCCAGGUGACGGUUCGGUGUGCGGGGUGCGCUCGGGUCGAGGCUUCUGCCAGGACGUCACGGUGUCCGAGCUUCCCGACGGGCCGCAGUACCCCCACACCGGCACGGAUGACCGGGAACGGUGGCCUCUGGUGUUCUACAACCGAACCUGCCAGUGCGCCGGGAACUACAUGGGCUUCGACUGCGGCGAGUGCAAGUUCGGUUACUUCGGAGACAACUGCGGGGAACGGCGAGAAUCCGUGCGCAGGAACAUCUUCCAGCUGUCGGUGACGGAGAGGCAGCGGUUCAUCUCGUACCUGAACCUCGCCAAGACCAGCAUCAGCUCCGAUUACGUGAUCGCGACGGGCACGUACGCGCAGAUGAUCAACGGCACGAGCCCCAUGUUCGCGGACAUCAGCGUGUACGACCUGUUCGUUUGGAUGCACUACUACGUGUCCCGUGACGCGCUGCUCGGGGGUCCCGGUAACGUGUGGGUUGACAUCGACUUUGCGCACGAGUCGGCGGCAUUUCUGCCCUGGCAUCGCGUGUACCUGCUGUUCUGGGAGCAUGAGAUCCGGAAACUGACCGGAGACUUCAACUUCACCAUCCCGUACUGGGACUGGCGUGACGCGCAGGACUGUCAGGUGUGCACGGACGAGCUGAUGGGCGCGCGCAGCCCUCUGAACAUCAGCCUCAUCAGCCCAUCCUCGGUCUUCUCCUCGUGGAAGGUGAUCUGUACACAGCCCGAUGACUACAACAAUCGUGAGGUGCUGUGUGACGGAUCGCCAGAGGGGCCGUUACAGCGUAACCCUGGAAACCACGACCGCAACCGCGUCAGACGGCUACCAACCUCUGCAGACGUGGAGUCGGUGCUGAGCCUUACAGAAUAUGAGACGGGGUCCAUGGACCGACGGGCCAACCUGAGCUUCCGGAACGCUCUGGAAGGUUUUGCAAAUCCGGAGACGGGAUUGGCAGUAACGGGUCAGAGCACGAUGCACAACUCUUUACAUGUCUUUAUGAACGGAUCCAUGUCUUCAGUUCAGGGGUCCGCCAACGACCCCAUUUUUCUACUACAUCAUGCAUUUAUCGACAGUAUCUUUGAGCAGUGGCUGAGGAGACAUCAACCUCCCCGGACACAUUACCCAACAGCCAACGCUCCAAUCGGACACAACGAUGGAUAUUUCAUGGUCCCGUUCAUCCCUCUGUACAGAAACGGAGAUUAUUUCCUGUCCACCAAAGCUCUGGGAUAUGAAUAUGCAUAUUUACUCGAUCCCAGUCAGCGGUUUGUGCAGGAGUUUUUGACUCCGUAUCUAGAGCAGGUCCAGCAGAUAUGGCGUUGGCUGUUGGGAGCAGGGAUCCUGGGAGCGCUCGUAGCAGCAAUUAUUGCAGCAAUUAUCGCCGUGGCCUGUCGUAAAAGGCAAAGGAGGCAGAAGGUGUCGGCAUAUGGGGAGAGGCAACCACUACUGAACAGCAGUGAAGAGGAAGGCUCGGCUUCAUAUCAGACAACACUGUGAAACCAAACACACGCACGCACACACACACACACACACACACACACACACACACACACACACACACCCCAGGCAUGUGUCAGCAAGGACAGAUAUACUGUACCAGUGGGAAAAGACACAAAAGCCAGUUAACAAACGAGUCUCGACCCUGAGCUGAAGUCAUGUGACGUGAUCUCGCACCGAACUCUGGCCAGGUCAAGUCCAGGUCACACUUCACCCCAAAAAUCAAAAGACAAAAAUAUGAACUAUGAUAAACUUCAUUUUUCUGAAAGUAAUACUUAUAAGACUGUUAAGAUUUGUAAUAUUGUGGCAUUGUCAUAACAUCAGUUAAUUAAGCAGCCCUCCUGUAAAACAUUUAUGAAAAUAAUAUAUACAAUUAAAUUCAGUACAGCAAAUAUUACCAUGAUACAACUGUAUCAUUACAAAUUUAUUUUAAUAUUUAAAUAUCUUAUAUAAAAAUAUAUUUUUGCAUCACAGCAGUAAACAUGGGGGAAACUUGUGUGAAAAUGUUUUUACAAAAUACAUAAUUGUUGUAAAAUUGUCACCGAAAUAAUGUCACAAUGCAAUACAUCUUAAUGAUUCAAGAAAUAUUCUUCAUAUAAAUACAUACAGUAUAUAAUAUCUUUUGGAUCAUUUAGAUAUUUUGCAUUGUGACCUUACACAGUAAAUAUAUAUAUUUAUUUUAUUAUUAGUCAUUAUAUUUAAUUUAAAACAGUUAUGAAAAUAAUAGAUUUAAUUAAAUUCAGUACAACAAAUACUACCUUGAUAUACAUUUACAGUUGUGUACAGUAUUACAAAUGUAUUUUAAUAUUUAAAUAUCUUCUUUUUGGCAAUACAGCAGUAAACAUUGGGGGAAAUGAUUUUACGAAACACUUAAUUGUUACAAAAUGUGCACAAUGCAAAGCAUCUUAAUGAUCUUAAAAAUAUUAGAUAUAUUAUAAAAUAUGAAUAUAUUAUGUGUGUGAGUGUGUGUGUGUGUGUGUGUGUGUAUAUUUUUACAUUUACAUUGGCAGACACUUUUAUCCAAAGCGACUUACAAAAGAGGAAAACAUAAGUGAAUCAUCUUAGGAGACAGUGGUAUGAAAAGUGCUGUAUUACAAAGUUUCACUAGCAUCAGAAUAGUAUUCAAAACAGAAUAAAGUGCAACAGGAAUUUUUUUUUUUUUUAAUGACUGGUUUAGUGCUCAUGGAAAAGAUGUGUUUUUAGUCGUUUUUUGAAGACAGAAAGUGAGUCAGCUUCACGGAUGGAGUUGGGAAGGUCGUUCCACCAAUGUAGUAUGAUGAAACUGAAAGUCCGGAAAAGUGUUUUGGUGCCUCUGUGUUGGUACAACAAGGCGACGUUCCUUAGCCGACCGCAGGCUUCUAGUGGGUGCGUAGCUCUGCAUAAAUGAUUGUAGGUAUGCUGGAGCAGACCCAGUGACUGUUCUGUAUACCAGCAUCAGAGCCUUGAACUUGAUAUGUGCAUCAACCGGCAGCCAGUGAAGAGAGACAAGGAGUGGUGUAACAUGCGCUCUCUUUGGUUCAUUAAAGACCAGACGUGCUGCUACAUUCUGGAUCAUUUGCAGGGGUCUAAUUGCACAUACAGGGAGGCCUGCAAUGAGAGCGUUACAGUAGUCCAGUCUAGUUGUGACAAGUGACUGGACAAGCAGUUGUGUGGCAUGUUCAGAGAGGAAGGGUCUUAUCUUCCUGAUAUUGUAGAGUGUAAAUCUACAUGAUCUUGCGGUCUUUGAGAUGUGAUCUGUGAAAUUUAGUCUGUUGUCGAUGGUUACCCCUAGAUUUCUGACCGAUUUGGAAGGCGUUACUAUAGUUGCACCCAGCUGCACGGUGAUGUUGUGUUCAACAGCAGGGUUGGCUGGAAAGACAAGGAGUUCAGCCUUGGCUGGGUUGAGUUGCAGGUGGUGCUCCUUCAUCCAAGUAUAUAUAUAUAUAUAUAUAUAUAUAUAUAUAUAUAUAUAUAUAUAUAUACAUACACACACACACACACACACACACACACACACACACACACACACACAAAGUAUAUUAUUAUUAUCAUUAUUAUUAUUAUUAUUUUAUGUCUUUUUAUUUUAGGGUGAAAUAUGACCUGGACAUGUCUUGACAGAUUUUGUGAUCCAACUGGACAUGUGAUAGCCUUUGAACUCUGGUCAACCAAUAAGAAUAAUGGUGCUUUUUUAGUCAUUGUGGCACUUAAGUACUGUAAGUUUAUAUUUAAAAUACAUACAAACCAAUAUUUACAAUUUUGUGUAUAAUAAAAAUCAAAGGACAAAAAAAAUGGAGAUCCAAUGAAAUCUUUGGCAGUUGAAAUACAAUAUGAGCGCAGUACAUUUGGAACAUUCACAAAAACUUCAAAGGCUUUGUUCAUAAUAAAAUAUGAAUGAUAAUAAAAAGUGUCCCGAAACCAUACAUUUUUGCCUAUAGAGAAACCAUUAUUGUGCUACCUCUCAAAAUACAAAAUAAUAUUUGAAAUAAAUGAGAAAUUUGUAACAAUACUUUAAUAUCGGUUAUGUAUAUGUAAAGGGUUGGAUUUGUGUGGAAUAUACGAUAUAUAU